AUUAUUAUUGUUUUUAUGCGCUCUGCCCUAAAACUAAAUUUGUAGUUGACAUCGAAGAACUUAAAUCGUGGAGUGUGUAAUGUUUCUAUUAAAUCGAAUUAUUAAUCCGCGUCGUUUGUGACUUUUUUUAUAAACAAGAGUAAUGCUGAUACUAGAUGAUGGCUGCAGCACCAAAUUCAAACAUUUCACGACGAAAUCCCCAAGAUGAUUACGAACUAGUGCAGAGAGUUGGAAGUGGGACUUACGGCGAUGUAUAUAAGGCUAAGAGAGUUAAAGAUGGACUAUAUUCAGCUGUUAAAAUUAUCAAGCUGGAGCCAGGUGAUGAUUUUUCUAUUAUCCAGCAAGAAAUUUUAAUGAUGAAAUCAUGUAGGCAUCCAAAUAUUGUUGCAUAUUUUGGAAGUUAUCUGAGGCGAGAUAAAUUAUGGAUUUGUAUGGAAUUCUGUGGAGGAGGAUCACUGCAAGAUAUUUAUCACAUUACUGGACCAUUAUCUGAGCUACAAAUAGCAUAUAGCUGCAGAGAAACUCUGAAAGGUCUGGAAUAUCUUCAUUCUCUUGGAAUGAUGCACAGGGAUAUUAAAGGAGCAAAUAUUUUACUCACUGACGAUGGAGAUAUUAAACUAGCUGAUUUUGGAGUAUCUGCACAAAUCACUGCCACUAUCAGCAAAAGAAAAUCUUUUAUCGGAACACCUUAUUGGAUGGCUCCAGAAGUAGCAGCUGUUGAAAGAAAAGGUGGAUAUAAUCAACAGUGUGAUAUCUGGGCUGUGGGAAUAACAGCCAUUGAGCUUGCAGAACUCCAGCCUCCAAUGUUUGAUCUCCAUCCUAUGAGAGCUCUUUUCUUAAUGUCUAAAUCUGGCUUCAAACCACCCACAUUAAGUGACAAAGUCAAAUGGUCAGCAGUCUUUCACCAUUUUGUUAAAGUUGCAUUGACAAAAAAUCCAAAGAAGAGGCCUACUGCAGAAAGGCUUUUGCAGCAUCCAUUUUUACAAGGAAAUUUAGGUAAACAUUUAGCAAAAGAGCUGUUGGACAAAGUAAAUAAUCCACACAUUGCAUUCCCUGAAGAUGUUGAUGAUGAUGGUAUAUUACCUGAUGUGCCUCAGCGUAUUACUUCCAAAAAACCAGCCAGAGAUAAGCAGAGAACCAGAUCAGAGCUUCACAUGGAAAGUGUUAACUUUGAUCCCCCACUUAUGACUGCACUUUCAACUUCAACCGAGCAAAAUCCCGAAACAUCAACUGUAUCAGAAGCUUGGGGAAUAUCUGAGGAUUCUACUCAUAAUGAUGUAUAUGAUUUGCCAACAGCAUGGAUGGAAGAAGAUAAUGAGUCAGAUGUUAUACACAGAGACAGAGUAUCAGAUUCUUCUGAAGGAGGCAAAGAUUUUCAGUUUACGCAGCAGGCUACUUUACCUCUGAGUAAUAGAGAAGAUUAUGGAACUACUCAGGAUGACGAUGAUGAUGUGCCUGAGCAUAUUGCUCCUGGUGGCCAUAACAGUUUUAACAGAAAUGAACAAUUGGGCACUUUACUAAAUCGCAAUUUUGAUCAACUGGAUGAUUUAGAAAGGUACAGACAUUCUACAGCAGCUGCAACCAGUUCGGAAAAUGAGGAGAAUGUGAGGGCACCACCAGCUGUACAAAUAGAAAUAGCUCCUCCAGAGGUGCCACCUCGACCUAAAGAUAAAAAAAGAAAUACGCCUCCUAGGCCUGUAUCCAAUGGUCUUCCUCCUACACCAAAAGUACAUAUGGGUGCAUGUUUUUCCAAAGUAUUUAAUGGGUGUCCAUUGCAAAUCCAUUGCACUGCUAGCUGGAUUCAUCCUGAAACAAGAGAUCAGCACAUUCUGUUUGGAUGUGAAGAAGGUAUCUAUACAUUAAAUCUGAAUGAAUUGCAUGAUGCAACUGUCGACCAGCUAUAUCCUCGACGCACAGUUUGGAUGUUUGUGAUACAGAAUGUUUUAAUGACACUUUCAGGGAAGUCACCUCAGUUGUAUCAACAUGAUUUACUUCAGAUGUAUGCCAAACAAACCCAUAAAUUUUCACUGCCAAUGAAUCGUAUUCCUGAAAAGUUUGUGCCCAGGAAAUUCUCUUCAACAUCUAAAGUGCCUGAUACCAAAGGAUGUAAACGUUGUUGUGUUGGGCGAAAUCCAUAUAAUGGUUACAAGUAUUUGUGUGGAGCUAUGAGAGAUGGCCUUUUUUUAAUGCAGUGGUAUAAUCCUCUAAAGAAGUUCAUGCUGCUAAGACAAGUGAAGUGUUAUAUUCCAGCAGCUUUGGAAGUAUUUGAAAUGAUUAUUACACCUGAAUAUGAAUAUCCAAUGAUAUGUGUUGGUGUUAAAAAGGGGUAUGACAGAGGCCAUCUUGAACUUGACAUGAUAAACUUAAAUAAUUCUGAGUACUGGUUAAAUGAUGAUUGGGAAGGGACAGACACUAUAGUUCCGAGGCAUGAAACACUCAAAAUUAUUAAUGUUACGCAGCUGGAAAAAGAUGCCAUAUUAGUCUGUUAUGAUAUUGUCAAUCUUCAGGGUAAACUUAAAUCAAGUAGGCGCCAGCCAGCAGAGUUGGUAUUUGAUUACAAAAUUGAAUCGAUUGUAUGCCUCACAGACAGUGUUUUGGCAUUUCAUAAACAUGGAAUGCAAGGAAGGAGUUUUAAAAAUAAUGAGAUUGUCCAAGAAAUCACAGAUAAUUCAAGGAUUUUUAGGAUGCUUGGAUCAGACAGAAUUGUAGUUUUGGAAAGCAGACCAACUAAUGAACCAAAAAGUCCUUCCAACUUAUACAUAUUAGCUGGUCAUGAGAACAGUUACUAAUGCUGCUGGUAAACAAGUGGUGUUCACAGUAUUGAAAAUUGUGUCAAAUUUGUAAUUGUGAUUUAAUUUUAAUGCUGUUUUAAGCAUUGAACUGAUUAAUAUGUAAUUACAUUAAUUUUCAUAUAGAUUGCACAUCUUAUAAUUAAGCAGUCAUAUAAGCAAUGUAGAAUAUGUAGAAAUCAUGAUGUACAGUAUUUUUAUUGCUAAAACAGGCUAAUAGAUUGUACAAUAGUGUGAAUUUUGUAAAUUAUUUUUAUGAUCGUAUGAAUAUAUAUGUGUGUGUUCAAUUUGUGUGAGACUGCAUGUAGAUUUUUAUGGUAUUUUCUUUUGUGGAUUGUUUGAUAAUUUCUGUGAUUAUUUUGUUCUUAUAUACUAAUGCAUCAAGCAUUUUAUUGAAAAUUUAUUAUUCAAGUAGUUUUUUUAUUUUAUUCAUGUUUAAAAUUUUAUCAGCUAUUCUAAAAUAAUGAUCUUUUCUCCUAAUUUAUCUUUUAAAUCGGGUUAAUGAAGUAAAAUAAUUCUGUACUUUUUAACUUUGUAGUUGUGCUUAAGUUUAGCCAGAAAUUUUUAAUAUUAAUACUAAGUAUAUUUAACAUCAGUUAUGUCUCUAGGAUAAAAUCCGCUAUUCUUUCUAAAACUGUUCACUCAUUUACAUUAGAUGGUUUUAGCAUUGCUCUUAUUUUGAUAAUUAUUGUGCAUGUCAGUGGUUAAGUUUUAAGUGAAGUGAAGUUUCUUAAUAUUAAAUUGUUGUUUUAUAUCUAAGUAAUGCAAUAAAUUUUGGAGACAAAUUUUAAAGGUGUCAUUUACAAAGUAUUGAUGAAAUUAAUGAAAAAAAAAUCUAGUUAUAAGUCAUACUUUGAAAAAAUUUUAUUAUUUUUAAACUUUAUGAAACCGUAUGAUAAUGUACCAGGGUUUGCUGAGAUGGUUUGAGUUGGGAUGAAUCCUUAAAUGUUCUUAAAUUUGAAUCUUAGAGUUUUCAGGUAUUUCAUUAAAGGAAUAAAAAAAAUUCCAUCCUUAAAAGAUUAUAAUUUAAGCAAAAUUUGGAAUCUGCAUUUAAUAAUUAACAAAUUUAAAGAAUACAGUUUUUAAAAAUACACAUAUAUAUUAUGAAGAUAUAAAUGAAAUUUAGUUAAGUGAAGUACAUAAUUAAAAUCUUGAGGUUCAUUUUUUCCCAUCAUAAUUUUUCUAAAUAAAUUUUAAAUAAAUGGUUCAGAAUUUUUCAAAUUUCUUGAUUCUUUUAGAUCAAAGAAUAUGCAGAUGGAAAACAGUUUUUUAAGAAAUAACUGAAAUAAAUACUCAUUAUAAAAUUAUUAUGAAAAUUUAGAAAAAUAAGAUCCUAAAAAAAGUUUUUUUUUAAUUUAAAAAAUUUUAUAAGAAUACAUUUUCAUAUAGCAUUCAGGGUCUGUAUGGUACUGGUCAUCCAGAUGCCACAGAAAAUACAUAAAUUAAAUUCUUUUUUUGUGAUGAAUUCUUCUAUGGAUGGCAGGGGGGACUUAUUUUUCCAAGUUUAGAAUUAAAAUUUUGACCAGUUUUUCUAGGUUGGCAUUCAAAUGAUGAAAAAGCAUGAAGAUUCAUGCUUCCAAAUCUGAAUCUUCAAGAUUCAAGUAUUUGAAUAUCAUAUUCAUAGUGAUUGUUUAUGUGUUUAAAAAUUUGAUUCCAAGUCAGAAAUUUGUUUACUGUAAGGUUGCAUAUGGUUAGGGUAAAUCUAUUAAAAGUUUGAUGAACAUCAUACUCUUUCUGUAACAGUUAUGCUGCAACAGUUAUUGAAAUUAAACAUUUGUUUGUAGUACAUGUUGAAUGCAUUAGAGUCUCAAUUAUUCUUUUUUUAUGUACUUUGAUAUAAAGUAUUUAAAUAACAGUCUUUCUUUUUGGGUAUCCAUAUCUUCCCAUUAAUUAUGAAUCAAUAAAUACUAAUUUUAUUUUAAAUUUUUGUAUCGAACAUGGUGAAUACUUUUGUAACAAUCACCUCUCUAAGACUGAUGAUCACUGAUAGAACCAGUAUUUCUGAGAACAUAAUCAUCAAUCUCUGUAAUAUGACUGCCUUUACAGAAGAUAAAAAUCAUCUUAAAUCGUGGUUGAUCAUGUCAGAAAGGAUUCGCUGUAUAUGCAAGUCAAGUUGGUUUAAAAUAAUAUCAUGUGUAUUAUAAGAAAGUAUCGUGAAUGGGAAAAUUCUAUUCGUAGUUAAUUACUAGUUUAAAAUUUAUUUCUUUUGUGUAGCAGAUGAAAGUGGUGAGCAUUUGUUAUCACUUUCAUAUAUAAGAAAAAAUAUAUCUUAUAUGCAUCAAACAAAAGAGUUUCUAUUUUGCUGAUAAUUUUCUUUUACGAUUUUCUUAAGAAGGGUGAAAUAAGAGAUUGAAAUAAAUUGUAACAAAUGGUGUCAGUUUUUUUUUAUUGCAUGGGUUUCACACAUGCUUAUUUAUUUAAAGGGGAAAAAAGUGAUAUUUUACAGUGUAUAAUUGCAGUAUGAAUGACUAAUGAUAGGUUUAUAUACUUUCACAAACUGCAAUUGAUUCUGAUUGAAUGUUUAAUCUGAGGAUUUUUUUUCCUUUCUAAGCUAGAUAAAUUCGGAAAUCACUGGUAUUUUCUGAAAUUUAGCUGCUCAUCAUAUUUGCAUAUACAUUGGACUUUCUAUUUCGUGAACCUUCAGUUUAUGAAUUAUUAUUAUUAUUAUUAUUAUUUUGUUAUUUCGUUGUUUAUAUAGACUUUUAUGAUCAUUUUAGUCACAUUCCCUUUCGCAAAUUUUAUACACAUGCAAUUUUUUUUUAAGCCAUUGUGCAUGAAUUUGUAAAAUAGAGAAUUCACUCUUCUAUAUGCAGUGCAUGUAUACAAGCACGUGUGUGCAUAUGUUUACUUAAAAAGGGGGAAAAAAAGAAUCUGCAACCAUGCAGCUUACAGUUUCUUCCCAAAUUAGUGUGCAGUGAAAUCCCCCAUUCUGUUUCAUUUUCCUUUUAUUUAUUUAUUUAAAGUAAGUAUUGCUGAAUUAUUUAAAAUAUUAUUUCGCUUCGUGUUUCAUUGUUGGGUUAUAUGAAAACCUAUAUUCAUGCUUUAAGUAAUUAUGUAAAAUACUGUAAAAUUUAAAAUUUUAUGUUUACUUGCAACGUGAUAGGGAAUGUAAACAUCAACCCGAAGAAAAGGAUAGAUAAGGCAAAGUGAUUUUUAUAUUUCUGUAACAUAAUGCGAGUUUAUUAUGUGUAUAUUUAAGUGUAUUCUCUAAAUAAAAUUAUUGCAUGUCCCAUAUAUGAAGCCUUUUAAAGUUUUUGCUAUCUGCAUUAGUUUCCCUUUAUCAGUUAAUUUUCCACUUAAUCUGUAUCCUCAUUUUACCCAAAAAGUUGUCUUAUAUUCUGUGUAUUUAUUGUGUGUAUUACAUAAUUAAAGAAUGUAAGUGUGUCUAAGGCUCUUAACAUACAUAUUUAAUGUGAUAAUAUCUUAAAUAAGUUUAAGGGCUUCAAGCCAUACUUACAUUCUUGAAACUUUCCUGUAAGAGAAAUUAUUUCGUGUGCUGUUGUGAAAAAGACAGUUAUUUCAAAUAAAGAGUAGUUUGUGGAUUAAAUAUCUCGCCUGCUGAAGGGAAAAAAAAGCAGAGUUUGAAUUUUUUAAAUCAUUCUAAUGAAAUUAGUAUGCAGUAUUAAAAAUGCUGUUUUCUUGUCUCAUUUUUUAUCUCUGUUGAUGGUGAAUACAUGAAUUAGAUGGGAAGUUCUUUAAGUUUCAUUCAAAAAUGUUUGUUUUUAUUUGUUAGUAUAACAAAGCUGUUUUGUUUGGAUUUUGUUUCAGUUCAAGAAAUACUACUGAAUUUUAAAUUAAAUAUAUAGGGUAUGUGUAAAAAAUUAAUGAAACAAAAACAAUGCCAAUCAAAAUAAAACACUCUAUUAAUAGACCGUUAUAUUUAAAUUUUCUUUAUUUGUAAGUCUUCCUGCAAGAAUAUUUUCCUGCGAAUUUUUUAAUGUAUUUUAUUAAAUUUUACUUAUUAUAUAUUCUGAUUUUACAUCUUACAGUUUGUUAAAUGGUAGUUAUAAUAUUUUAAAAAUAUAUAUUUCUUGAAAUGAGAUUUUACUGUCAUUUUGAUGAGAAAUGUACAGCUUCUUUCUUUCUUUCUUCCUUUUAUCUUUUCUUAUUUUUUUAAAUAUAUUUUUGAUUUAAUAAUGUGUUUUGGAUUGAAAUUUUUGUUCGUUACAUGCUUCUUAAAUACAUAUCACGUUACUUUUCUGAAUUUUGUGUACAUAUAUGCAACUGUUUAUCAUUUGUUGCAGACGUGUGUGGUAACUUGUGUAUUUUUGACAAAGCUUAUAAAAUGUGACAAUCAUAUGACACUUUAUUUUACAUUAUGUUGCUAUGUUCAGUGAAGUGUUUCUACUGUAUUCUAAGCCAUUAUAUUUUUUGUUAAUGGAAUUUAAGAAAUGUUGAAAACAAGUUCCAACUUGAAUAAAAGUGCACUUUAAAAAGUAUGUGCAAAGCAAUAGCAAUAAUUUUGUAAUGCUAAUGUAGCUAAACGUUUUCUACGAAAUACUAAAAAAUAUUAAAAAUAUUUAAAAAAACUGCUUUAAAUUAAUUGGAGUCAGUGCAACCUGUCUUCUUAUAAGCUAGUUAGAUUCAUAGUUAUGUGUUAAUAAUAUAUAAAUAGUUCUGUAUUUAAAUUGUGAGUUUCGUACUGCGAUGAUGCUAAACCAUUUGUGAUAAUUUUAUUUAAAUAUUUCAUAACAUUAAAUUAUAUGUGAGUUUUUAACAUCAUACUCUUCUUUUAAAUGUUCUGUAGCUAAAAGUUAGUGUGGAUUAUUUGUUAGAAAAAUCUUAAUUCUUUUUCUUCACAAGAAUUUUGAAAAAAAGUAUUUUGUGUUGUGCCAACAGAAUUUUAUCGUUUGCGACUUUUAUACAAAAACAUUAUUCCUAUUUAAAAGACUAUUAAAGUAUUAUAAAAAGUGUAUAGUGUAUAUUAUAUAGUGCCAGAUAAAAGAAUGUAUUUUGUCAUAAAUAAAUAUUUACAAAUUUUCUAGGUUGUGAUAAAUUAUAAUGAAUUUGGUAUAAUGUAUUGGUUUAAUUCUAAGCUAGCAACUAACAGCUGGUUUUCUAAAUUCUUUUAACUGUUUUAUAUAAAUUAUAUAGUCAUAAUUAUAGACUCGGUGAAAAUAUUUUCAAAAUCUAAAAUCAUAAAUAUUUGGUUAAAUGUAAAGCGUAUGUAUUGUAUUUGAUCUGUGCAUGUACAAAUUCUGUAUUUUUAGUCAUGUUCCAUUUUUAUAUCUUCUUGAAAGUGCAAUAGCUUUUAAUAUUGUAGCUAGUGUGAAUAAUAAAUUAUCUUUGUAAAUUAAAA